AUGAUCUUUAAGGUCCCUUCCCACCCAAACCAUUCCGUGACUCCCGUCUCGCCGAGCGCUCUGCCCCCCGCCUCCCCUCUCUCUCUCCCGGGCCGCGGCGCCACCGCUUGCGUCCCCCCCCCGGUUUUGUUUCCCGGCACCGGCAACCGAGCGCUGCCCGCCUUCGUUACCCCAACCCCCACCUCCCAACCCCCAAGGGCCGCUCCGCUCCCCGGCGCGACGCCGCGGCGGGGGCUGGACAAGGGGAAGGCCCAGGCCCGGUGCCCAGGGGGAGGGGAGCGGGCCGGGCCCCGGGCGGCCGCUCCGCUCUGUGCGUGCGCCGGCGGCGGGAGCGAUGCGGGGGUGAGGGGGAGCUCUCCCCUGCCCGCACUCACCGUUGAGGCACCUCCAGGGCGGUGGCGAGCCGGGCCGAACCGGGCCGCGGGGGAGGAGCCGUACGCACCCCCGCCAAUGGCGGUGACGGCAGCAGCGCGGGGGGGUGGUGACGCGCCGCGAUACCGGCGGAGUGGGUGCUGGGUGCUUACUCCUCUUCGCCCCCUCGUCUUCAUCGGGAUCAGGGAUCGGGAUCGGGAUCGGGGUCGGGAUCGGGAUCGGGAUCGGGACGCGGCGUCCGCUCUCCGCGUUCCGCCCGCCCGGCAGGGGGCGCUGCAUGCACCGGAGGGUCUUGUCCCGGUGUGGCCGUUGAGAGGCGUUGGGGGUUGGAAACCGGGGUGUGCAGAGGGCGGCAGGGGCCGCGCUCCAGCGGAGCCCCUUGGCCCCUCGUCACGGCUCGGCCGCUUCCUUGUUGUUCCGUACCGCUGGGGGCCGAGGCCCGCCGGUGUUCUACCGCCAACAUCCCCCGCGGAGGGAGCGGUCCCGGUCGUUCCUGGGCGGAGGGGAAUUGUAACGCCGGCCCGGGAGCACGGUCGGGCUUCCUCUCGGCCUGGGUUGCGGGCGAGCGAGUUUAGCCAGAUUUCCACAGGAUGGCAUAAUUCAACACCUCUGAAACUAGGAAGGCUCCAAGAUCCACAGCAGGACACGCUUCUCAGCCUAACAGUUGCAAAUAUUUUUGAGGAGGCACCUCUCAUCUCCUUGGGACACUUCAGUGGAGAGCCCCUCGACAGCACUUCAUAUUCUGGGUUCCUGGUGUUCCUGGUGCCACUCCUGAGCUUGUGUGGCAUUUCUCUCCUGGCAGGAGGAACCUCUCAUCUCCUUGGGACUCUUUAGUGGAGAGCCUCUGGACAGCACUCCACGUUUUGGGUUCCUGGUGCCACUCCUGAGCUUGUGUGGCAUUUCUCUCCUGGCAGGAGGAACCUCUCAUCUCCUUGGGACACUUUAGUGGAGAGCCUCUGGACAGCACUCCACGUUUUGGGUUCCUGGUGCCACUCCUGAGCUUGUGGCAGGUGUGGCAUGGCUACAGAAAUGCCCAGUUACUGCUAGUGGUGGUUGGUACCUUCCACUGGCUCCUCAGCUGUGGACAGAAGAGGUGCUGGUAUUGGCUGAGUAAGAAGUUGUCCCCAGAGGUCCUCGAGUGCCAAGCCAUAGGGCAGCCAGGGCUCCUUGGGAUGGGCCUUGAGAUGCAGCCAUGGUGCAGGCACCUGUGAGUCUGAAUCCAAAUGUCCUGCUUGUUCUUUCCAUGUGACUGGAAAAGUCAAAGGCCAAAUGCUCUGCCCCCUCUAUGCAGGAGGCUGCAUUCACAAGAAAGCAAGAAUAAGCAAACGAGUCACAGGAAUAGAUAGGGCAUGGCAGCUUUGCCUGACAGACACUGAUGUUUAAGCCCUGUUUGUUGAGGUUUGACAUCCCCUUUCUGGUAACUAAGAUGGAAAAUAAGAAGCUCCGAAUGGAAAAAUCACUGCUAACUAAACAGAGUUUAGUUAACUACCUGCUAACUAAGCUGUGUUAAUGACCUAUAAUGCUAUAAAAAGGUGCUCAUUAAGCGAGGCACUGGGGCGCAGGUAACCUCAAGCUGGUGAGCAUGUGCUGAAUCUCUGCUUUUCUUGG